CCCUUUCUCUUUUACGCUUUAUUGGAAAAAAGAGUUGAAUUUUAGAGUUUUAAGUCAUAGUCUUGAAGUAGUUGGAGAAGGAAAAAAAGAUGGCUGUGGUGAUUGGAGUAUGCAUUUUGCUCUUUAUCUCCUCAAUGUGGAUGGGUGAAGCAAGGAUUCCAGGAGUUUACUCUGGUGGUUCAUGGCAAAAUGCCCAUGCUACCUUCUAUGGAGGUGCUGAUGCUUCUGGCACCAUGGGAGGAGCUUGUGGCUAUGGAAACUUGUACAGCCAAGGGUAUGGAGUUAACACUGCAGCAUUGAGCACUGCAUUGUUCAACAAUGGCUUAAGCUGCGGUGCCUGCUUUGAGAUCAAGUGUGCAAGUGAUCCAAGGUGGUGCCAUUCAGGAAGUCCUUCCAUCUUCGUCACAGCAACCAACUUCUGCCCACCUAACUAUGCUCUUCCAAACGACAAUGGCGGCUGGUGCAACCCUCCACGCCCUCACUUUGACCUUGCCAUGCCUAUGUUCCUUAAGAUUGCAGAGUACCGUGCCGGUAUUGUUCCCGUUUCAUACCGCCGGGUGCCAUGCCGGAAGAGUGGAGGGACCAGGUUCACAAUCAACGGUUUCCGUUACUUCAACUUGGUUUUGAUCACCAACGUGGCUGGUGCAGGGGAUAUCGUGAAGGUUAGCGUGAAGGGAUCAAGGACUGGUUGGAUGAGCAUGAGCCGAAACUGGGGUCAGAACUGGCAGUCAAACGCUCUUUUGGUUGGUCAAUCACUCUCAUUCAGGGUCACAGGGAGUGACAGGCGCACUUCCACCUCUUGGAACAUCGUUCCCUCCAAUUGGCAGUUUGGUCAAACAUUCACCGGAAAGAAUUUCAGAGUUUGAUUUCAUGAUUUGGAUGAAGAACAAAUUUGAGAAUAAAAAUGAAAAAGAAAAUAUUAACCCCAUAAGUUAAAAAGUUAGCAGUUAAAAGGUGUUAACCCCAUUUUUACCCUUAAUGGCUCCAACUUGAUGCUUCUUCUGAACUAAGGGGAAAAGUGAAGAGUUGUAUUUUUUAUUUUCUUGGUUGGUUCUGUCUUUUGGAGUGGUGGUUUUGUUUUGUUGUGUGAAGUUCUCUUUUGAUUUUAAUGGUAAGAGAGAAAGAGGGGGAAAAAGUGUAGGGGAUGGACUGAGGCGGCUGCACAAAAAUGUAGCCCGCAGCCUAAACAUGAAAUUUUAGGGUUACUAGCUUAUUGUAUGAUUAUUAUGUUAGAUAUUUG